AUGGGUCAAAGUAAUCUAUUGGAAUGCCAAAAGGAGAGAUUAUCAACAGAUUUGAAAUAUAUUUUGAUUUGGAAACCAGCGCGUGCAUCGAAAAAGAAAGUCCCAUUUCUAAAACACACAGAACUACCUGAUGGACAAAGAGUAUUUAUCAGACAGAAAUGCAAUUAUAUAAAUUGUUACAUUACCCACGAUAAAGAUAUUUUAAAAGGUAACAACCAGCGUUUAGACGCAGUAGUUUUCAAUGUACGUGAUAUAGUUAAAUCUCAACCAAAGAAUAUAGAUUUGCAAAGAUCACCAGAACAGAAAUACGUAUUCCAUUCUUUGGACUCUUCAGAAAAGUAUCCAGUUUGUGAUUCGUUUUUUGACAAUUUCUUCAAUUGGACCUGGACUUAUAAACUCGACUCUGAUAUCCCACAACCUUUGAUGAAUAUAUACAAUGACAAAAAAGAAUGGAUUGGACCAAAAUUUAAUAUGUCGUGGCUACCAAAGAUGAUUAGACGUGACCAAUUUAACAAGAAAUCGUUUAGUAAAACCAAAGCGGUAGCAUGGUUGAUACCACGAUGUAAAACUAAAGCGAAGUAUCAAGAUUUUAUUUCUGAAUUUAGACGUGAAUUAAAAACGUAUAACUAUACAUUAGACACAUACGGUCCAUGUGGGAGUAAAAAGUGUCCAAAUGGAAGUAUUCCAAAAUGCUUAGGAUUGAUUGAAAAGAAAUACUUUUUCCAAUUAGUCCUGGAAGACACGUUCGCUGAAGAUUAUGUUUCGGAGAGAAUGGUUCAAGCUUUGUCAUAUAUCGUUGUACCAAUUGUAUUAGGAAUGUCCGAUUACACAAACUUUCUACCUCCCGGAUCGUUCGUUAACGCACAAUCUUUCGACAUAAAAAAGCUUGGAUCUAUCGUCGACUACCUAAUUCAUAAUCCCAGCACAUAUUACUAUUUUUUCGAUUGGAAAAAUCAUUAUUAUUACACAUCGCGUCCUAGAUCUCAAAUCUGUGAGUUGUGUACUAAAUUAAAUGAGAAUUUUACCACUAGCUCUCCGAGUAUGUAUAGAAAAUUUCGAAAAUGGUGGAACCCUGACUUCAGAGACUCCUGCCAAGAGAUGAGCGUGAACAACAUAUUGUUUAAAAAUGAUUAA